GUUGCUCACCUGCUGGGAAGUGUGAUAGAAUACUCAGCAUACGUUACUUUUCAACAUUCUACCUUAAACCUGCUCGAUCCCUACUGCCAAUAAUGAACUCAGAGUACUAUGGAACCCCCUCCCAAAAUGGGUAUGGCUACUCUGGGCCUCCGCCUCCCCAGGGCCCUUCCCAAGGCUUUCAGCAAUCAUAUCUGCAGCAGUACCCAGAGCCUCAGAAUCAAUAUCCUCAGUCUUACAACGAGCAACAGCAGCAGGCCGCCCCUGGUGAGGCCCAGGAUGGUGAGCGUGGUCUUGCCGGUGCCCUUGCCGGUGGUGCUGUCGGUGGUUUCGCUGGCCACAAGGCCAACCACGGCUUCCUCGGAACCAUCGGUGGUGCGAUUGCCGGUUCUAUUGCUCAAGACAUCUACAAGAAGCACCAGCAUAAGGGUGAACAAAAUCUUCCCCCCCAGGGCGGUCCCUACCCGCAGCAAUUCCCUCAGCAGCUAUAUCCGCAAGCGGGUCCAUAUCAACAAUAUCCCCCGCAAGGUCCAUAUCCGCCGAGUCAAUUCUAUCCACUGAAUCAGCUGCAUCACAAUAGAAAGUCUGUGAUGAAAAGACAAGAGGAGGUAGAAGAGCUUCAGGACAAGAUCAACCGCGUUUCCCAGCACAUGCAGCAUGGUCCCUCUCAUCACAAGAUGAAGGAUCUGCAGAAAGACAUGGAAGACUUGCAGAAGGAUCUGAGAAAGGCCCAAGAGGACUACCAGAAAGAGUUGGACAAGGCGCUAGACGACGAUGCUAAGAAGGGACGACACUAAACUUCAGAAAGAGCAGAAACCAGUGUACAGCAAAGGCGGCAGAUAAGCAGAUAGACGGGCAAAGACGAGUUAUCAUUGCUUGUAAGGAUUAGAGCUGUGGUGUUGAUGAUUUGGGCGAUGAUUCGUAUGGACCAGCUCAUACGGCAAAUAGAUGAAUCCCAGUCUAUAGUAAUAUAU